GAAAAAUACCUCUAUCGAUAAUUACAUGGACGUGUCUUCCACCUCUAGUGGUUUCGGUUCCGAGAUUCUUCAUCUUUUUGGAGUUGAAAAGUCUUUUCUAAAUUAAACUGAACAUGUAAAUCGCCAAUAAAUCGGGAAUCGGGCUCGGGAAUCUAUAAUUCGCAACUGAAAGCCGUGUUUGAAAAGGCGCUCUCUCUCUCGCAGCGGCGUGUUUUGUGACGUCAAAAGCAGCGACGUCCUUCGCUGGCAGACACUCGCACGCACACACACACAGACACACACGCGGGCGCGCUCAAACACAGACACGCAAUACACAGACACAAUACAAUACUCGCACUGAGAGAAAUUUCUCAUCCUCCACCUCCUCCCCCCCAAAUCACCGUUAGUAGUAAGGGGGAGCAGCAGCAGCGUAGAGUGUAGAGUGAGAGAGCGAGUCCUUUGUGGCCGCGCGUGCCGUGCAUGUGUGUGUGUGCACUAGUACAACUACAACGGUAAAAGAAAUAACAAAAACAACAACACAACACAACAGGACGAAAGAAAAGAAAAAAAAACAACAACAUAAAAAUGGAACAGCCGAGCAUCCUCGUCAAAAUCCUGCACUCGAUUCCGCACGUGAAUUAUACAUUCCGUCGGGUUAACGACACCUUCAAUCCCGACAGCGAUGUUUACCUCGAGAGCCUGGGCAUCCUGGCCUCAAUUCCCGCCGGCCUGCUGAUCGUUUCGCUCCUGGGACUGCUCCUCUACCUCCUGACCCGCUGCUGUGACCGCCGCCAGAGGAAGCCCAGCGCCCAGAGGUGCCAGAGCUGUUCGUUGGUCAUCAUCACCCUGAUGACCUGUGCGGCCAUUGGAUUGGGCUUGUAUGGCAAUGAUGAUUUCCACAACGGCUUGCUGCAGGCCUUUGGUUCUGGCAAGAAGGUCGAGGGCCUGGUGCUCACCCUCAAGAGACAGACGGAGAGCAUCAAACAUGAUCUGGAGACACGAAUGGCGGGCCACCGGGUGGAGCAGCUGGUGGAGAAGCCCCAAUACAACCAGACCGUGGUGAUGCUACUCAUCGAGACAUCCCGCCUGGUGACGGAGAACACCUCCCGGGCGGUGGCCUCCCUGGACAGCAUGGUCCACUACUUCAUGAAGGCCAAGGGCCAGGAGAACGACACCUCCCUAAUGGGAUUACUUCAGUUGGGUGAAUUUUAUGAAUCGAUCCGGUGGCCAGCUACUCUGGCCUUCCUCACCAUCCUCCUACUCCUGUGCACUGUCCUGGUGAUCGGUGUGGCUCGCCGCUCCCGUUGCACCCUGAUCUUCUUCAGCGUUUCGGGCCUGUUCUGCAUCAUCAUCUGCUGGCUCCUCGCGGGCAUCUAUCUGGCCUCCAGUGUGGCGGCCGGUGACUUCUGUAUGCGUCCCCACGACUACAUGUGCCGUCAAGUCGGAAUGCGGAGCCCGUACGUGGAUUUCUUGAAUUGUGGAACGCCUCGAAAUCGUUUCAUUCUUCGGUUGAACGAGUCCCGGGACUUGGUGGAUCGGGCCAGGGAGAGUGUGGAGCUCAUGCAGCGAAUGGUUCAGGAGACCUAUCCACCCAUUGACAUUAAACGCACCCUGACCGCCAUGGAUCACGAUCUGGAGGAGACCCACCGUAAUCUCACCACCUUGUCGGCCACUUUGGAUCGUCGGGCCAUCGACCGGCACUAUGAGGAGGCGCUGCGAGGACUAUGUGGGGGAGGACUUUUGGGACUCAGUCUGAUGAUGGUGGCCGGACUCCUUACAUCCUUCCUGCUGACAAUCCUGGUCUAUGCCGACUCACAUGCCUGGAUCUACUUGACGAAGAGACCUCCCUUGGAUGCGGAUAAAUCGGAGACGGCGCCCCUAUUCCCGGCCUCGAAUGCGCCCAGUGCCAGUAUCUCGCCGACGGCGCCCAUGGGCACUGGAACGAUAAAUCGGACACUGUUGCAUCACCAACAGGCGGCGGCGGGCGGUACUGGACCACUGACGGGCGGUGGUACCGGCAUGGGCGGUGCAGGAGGAGGAGGAGGAGGCGGAGGCGGAGGCAUCGGCGGAGGAGCAAAUGGACACAAUGGCGUGACGCCGUACCGUAAUGGAACGGCUGGCCUGAGACAAGGGUUGGUGGCAUCACCUUCAUCACAAUCCAGCCACAAUUCAUCUCAAAACCACCACAACCACAACCACCACCACCACCAAAAUCAACAGCAUGGCACCUUAGCCGGCUACCAACAACAACAACACCUGUACAGCAACAACCACCACAGCAACAACCAUUACUACAGCAACAACAACAACAACACACAGCAACAACAACAACAUAGAACUAACUCAGCAGUGGCGGCGGCAGCGGGGCCGGGUGCUAUGCCACUAAUGGGAGGGGCCAGCGGUCAAAGGUCACCGUCACCGCCGCCCUGCUAUGAUUUGGUGCAUGGCACAAGGUCUGGUCACCAUACUCUGGGACGACUGCCGUCGCAUCAUCAACAGUCCGCGUCAUACCUGCCGGGACCGAACAACGGAAAGUACGCGACGCUCAGCAAGCAGUGUAAGACGCUCGAAUCGAACGACUUCUACUGAGAUUCGCUUGCCUGCAGCUCCCAUGCAGGCAGUAGCAGCAACACAGUCCAGCAGCAGCAACAGCAGCAGCAGCUGCAGCAGCAGCAGCAGCAGCAGCAGCAGCAGCAACAUCAAUCAAUCAGUCAGAUCAAUCAGCACCAGAGUUCUCUGAAGAACAUAUUCGCCUCGGCCACCCUGCCCCGUUCCACCGGCAGCUCCAUCCGUUCCGUGCUCUCCGCCCAGACCUCGAAUGCCGGGAUCUGUCGCUCAACUGGGAAUGGUCUGGACGGGGAAUUUGGCGACGAUCGGGAUCCUAGGGAUGUGACCAACAACAGCUUCAAUCGGUUCGAUCCCAAGUACAUUAGCAUCGGCCCGAAGGCGGUUCGGGGGCAGAACAAUAAUCUGAACAUCAUAUCCGGCGCGGCGGCGGUCAACAAGUGCGCCACGUUGCGGCAUGUGGGCCGGUAUGGGGGCUCCCUCAAGGGUGUGUCGGCGGUGAGUGGCACGUCGGCGAUGGCCAAUGUUCCGGCCGUUCAUUCGCCGAAUCUGCGAAGUGCCAAGACUCCAUCGAUAGCCACCGUUUCCAAGGAUUACUGCCAGCAGCCGGACUGCAUACCGCAGGAGUAUUUGUUGCAACAGCAGCAGCAGCAACAGCAACAGUUGCAACAACAGCUGCAACAGCAACAGCAGCAACUGCAACAACAGCAACUCCAGCAGCAGCAGCAGCAGCAGCAGCAACAACAGCAACAGCAAAUGGUGGUGCCACCAGCUCCACCACAACCUGCACCACCGCCACCGCCCAAACCAAAGAUAGUGAAUACUUUUACGGAAAUCCCCGGCACCACGGGCGUUGGCAGCUCCUAUGCCAAGGAGCAGCAGCAGCAGCAACAACUGCUCGCGUUGCAGCAGCAACAGCAACAGCAACUGAUUGCCUUCCAGCAGCAGAGAGAACGGGAGCAGCAACAGCAACAGCAACAGCAGCAGCAGCAGCAGCAGCAGCAGCAGAGGGAGUUGCAUCCACCGACCACCCACAUAUUGCCGCCAUCGGCUGUCUACAGUAUUGAGAGCAGCGAGUUGCCGACAGCAGCGCCGAGGUUGCAACAACGCUCCCUCAACCCCGCCUCCAUUGUGAACCAGCCACUGCCCGAAAUUCCCACUUCCCAGUCGAAGAUCUCGGCCCAGCCGCUCUGUGCCGCCAAUCUGGGGCAGUACCGGUCCCUGCAACGUCCCCAGACCCAGAAGUUGCAACCAGUGGCCGUGCAAUCGCCGCAACAGCAGCCACCGACGCUGCCUCCAAAAAACAGGCACAAAAAGGCCAUCGAUACCAGUAAUGCCAAUCACAUGCAGACUUUGCCACCGAAAUCUGCCAGUCUGAGGCAGCAACAGCAACAGCAACAGCAGCAGCAACAGGAGCGUGAAAGGGAAAGGGAAAGGGAGAGAGAAAGGGAGAGGGAGAGACCUCGUAGAGCGGAGACCCUGGACAAUGCCCGGAGUUAUAUAGAACAGCAGUAUCCCAGUCAGCUGAUCACCAAGAAGCAGCACUCUUACGACAGCAGCUACCACCAGCAGCAGCAGCAGCAGCAACAGCAGCAGCAACAGGCCUUCUACCAGCGACAGCACAACAACAACUUCACAACGAAGCAGCAACAGCAACAGCAGCAGCAGCAACAGUUGCUGAUAGAACAGCAGCAACAGGCCAUGUUCUACAGAUCCCUGAAGCGGGGAGAGCAGAGAGCUGCUGCUGCUGCGGCAGCUGCAACCAGUGUGGCAAUUAGCAACCACAGCGAUCUGUACUCCGUGACGGAGUUGUAGGAGUGCGCCUGCUGCGGCGGCGGUGUGGAUGUGGUGCGUCGCGGCGCCUCAUCCACAUCGCUGCACGCAGCGGCGGCCACCCAAACCCCAGCACAGAGUCAAGGCCAGCAGGCGGCGCCGGGACAGCAGCAGGCGCCCAUACCCCUGCCACCGAAGAAGAAUCGCCGGGAGCGAGAACAGCGGGAAAGAGACCGCGAACGGGAAAGGGAAAGAGAUCGCGAACGGGAAAGGGAUCGAGAUCGAGAUAGGGAUCGGGAUAGGGAUCGUGAUCGAGAACGGGAUCGGGAUCGGGAGCGAGAGCAGAUCACCUGCAAUGCCAAUCUGUGCGAGGAGCACGAGUACGACGAGUACUACCCGCAGGCGUACGAGAUGCAGGCCACCUCCACCGGCCUGGGCGGGGGCAAGCACAGCAAGACGGCUGGCGGAGGCCAGAGGGCGGCCACCUUCGAUGUGGCCGAUGCCAGGGACUAUGAGCUGAAGCGUCUGGGGAAUCGCAGAUCCCAGCAGCAGGCGGCGCCCAGCAAACGAAAUGGAGGCAACGGUGUGGUGGUGACUGCCACCGGGGGAGGAGGCGGCACCGGAGGUGCCACUAGCCAGGAUCAUCAUCGCAGUCACGAUCGGGAGAGAUCCCGUAGCGAUCAUCGCAUCGCCAGCUAUGCCUGCGAGGAUGUCACCUCCACGGCCCUCUGCAGUGCCGGCUCCAUGAGCUCCAUGCUGCAACCAGGUGGCAAUAAUGGAGGUAACAGUGGUGCAGGUCAUCGCAGUCACUCGCACCAAAGGGAACACCAUCAGCGAGACUCGCAGCAGCAGCAGCAGCAGCAACAGUUGCAACAGUUGCAGCAGCAACAGCAGCGGGAUCGACGGGAAAAGACCUUCAAGGUAUGAUUUUUAGAGACGUCAUAAGAAUUGUCCAAUCCGCGCCAGGACUCCCACCACCACACAGGUCGAAGUGGAAGCUCCAGGCGGCGGACGCGUUGAGGGAAUUACAAAAUGGAUGCAAACGUGGCGGAUUCGAUAGCGAUUUUCAGCGAAAAAAAAACAAAAAUAUUAGAAAAAAAAACCAAAAGGAAUACCAAUCGAACAAAUUUGUAAUUCAGAGAAAAAAAGGAUCCAAAGCCUGCCUAUUUUUGUGUUUAAUCUUAAGUCGUGUCUCUCUCUAUCUCUAUCUCUGUCCACCCGCCAGUCCAGCCCAGCCCCAGCCUAUCUCUGUCUCUGUCACCCACUUAUACACUUGCCAAAAAACAACGCACACAAAACUGAAAAAAAACACAUUUUAAAUUUAAAUUGUAAAAAAAAAGGUAAAAAUCUCCUGAUUGAUUUUAAUUGCAAAAGCUGCUACAAGAAAGAAAAAAAAGGCUGCUACAGAAGCGAUUUAAAAAAAAAAAAAUAAGAAAAAAAAGAGUUCGAAACUCCUCUUAUAAUUCCCAACCCAUUAUUUGGACUAUCUAAUUUUCUUUUAUUUUUUGAAUCGCUUCUGGUUUUGGAGCCAAAAUACACAAAACACACAUAUAACCUACAUCAGUUCUCUGCUCUGUGUUGUUGCCUAUUGUUAUAUAAUAUAUAUUAUUAUUAGUACCGACUAUUUACCAUUUAACAAAUACUUAUUUGUGACCACUAUUCAUAGAUUGUAUAUUUUAAAGCCUAAGUUAAGCCAACGAUUUAGUUUUAAGCGCCAAUUAUUUAUUUACGAACCGAUAUUGUAAGCCUUCAAAACAGCCCCGACCCAAAAAAAAAAUCAAAAAAAUAUUCAAAAAAAUUCGAAAGUUCAAGUUCGAUAUGCUGAGAGAUCAAUUAUUUUUUCAAACUAUUUUUUUUUUUGUAACAAUUAAGGUUGUCCGGAUUGUUUCCAGUGUAUCGCCUGUAGCUUUCGAUUUUCUGUUUUCGAAAAGAAAAAAAUCAAACAAAGAGUGUGUGAGUUUUUAUUUAUUCAUCAAUUUUUUUUCUCGGUGUACAUAUAUAUAUUUUUUUUUUUAACUGCAAGAGAACACAAAAAGUUUUAAUUUUUUAUUAUUUUUUAAUUUAAUUUUUUGUUUGAGAAUCCGUUGCGAGAACCAACAACAACAACAACAACCACAGCGACAUUGUACGUAAAAUUUUUGUGACGUCAGAAAUCUAAAAAAUAAAAAUAAAAAAAAACAAAAGCAACAAAGCACAAGACAACAAAAACAAAAAAAAACACCAAAUAAAAGGAAAGAAGGAAAGAAAGAAAGAGUUAUAGAGGAAAACAUUUCACAAAAAAACCAAAAUAAAUUACAAGUUUUUACACUUAAAGAAAAAAAACUGCAAGAAACUGAAGUUCUUGAAAGCAAGCAAUAUGGAAUAAAAAUAAAAUAUAAACAAAAUUAUACAUAUAUAAUAAAUUUAAAAAAAAAACAAAGUGAAAGCCAUAAAAGUUGUUCAACUAUUUAAAAAAAAAAAAACAAGAAUAAAUAAAAUUCAAUAUACAUUUAAAGAAAAAACAUAAAAGCAUUAACAAAAAUACAUACAUACAUACAUAAAUACAUAACAUUAUUAUAUAGAGCGUGGAAAAAUGGAAAUAAGGAUUAAUUAAUUUUAAAAAAAGCAACAAACAAUGUUCAGGUCAAUAACUGCAUUUAAAAAACACGUAAAAAAACUCGUAAAAAAAUGACAAAAAACGAAAAGAAAUCGAACACUUUGUUAGGCGUUAAAAUGAAACGAAACGAAAUGCUCUUUUAUAUACAACUAUACAUAUAUACAUCAUAUAUAUAAUAUAUAUAUAUAUAUAAAAACAAAAUAAAAUAAAAUAUACAUAUUAAAACAAAUUGCAAUUGCCCAAAAAAUAAAUAAAAUACAAAAAUAUGUCACACUCGAACACGCACAGUCGAACGAAAAAAAUAGAAAACUCAAAAAAGUUGUAAGCACAGCAACUAAAAACACUCAAACAUUUUAUAUACAAAAUAAAAAAUAAAAAAUAAAAACAAUCCCACACACACACACAUACAUACAACACAUAAGUACAGUCGUGGGCAAAAUAAUUGUAGUGCCAUUAGAAUUUCGAAAAAAAGCAAACAAAACAAAAAUAAAAAAUAAAUUGUAAACUAAAGAAAAUUUUAAAACAAAUAUUUUUUUUUCCAAAUAAAAAAUAAUAACCUACAUUUUAGAUAAACAAAAAAUUACAACACACAGUUAGGGGAUUUUAUAUUUUAAUUUUCAGAGAUGGCAGCGCCAUUAUUUUGACCGCAGGUGUGCCCAUUAGCGAAUUGCAAAAAAAAAAAAACAACAAAAUAAGGAAAUUAUUCUCUCUGCUGUGCAGAUGCAAAUAAAAAAUUGAAAAUAAUUAAAAUUAAAAAUUGAAAAACUAACAACCAAACACACACACUUGCAAACACCACCACCUAUGAAAACCGUCUCUUUCGCUCUUCUACUCUUACCGUAUCUAUCUAUCUCGCUCUGAGCAUUCCAGAAUCCUUGAAAACAAAACCGCCCACCACCCACAUUUUGUUUUUUGUUGUAGCUUGCACUGAAAACAAAUAUUUCGAGAGUUAUUAGCCAAGUUAACAAAUAUUUAAAAUUAAAAAAAAAUCACUAUACUAUAUAUAGGAGCAAGGAAGAAUGUCCUGUAUGUCCUGUAUGUAUAGAAUAUAUAUACAAAUGAUCUUCUAAAUAUUAACUUUAAGUAGAAAUGUGUCUCUCAGUGUGUUUGUAGUGUGUGUGUGUGUGUGUAUUUGUGUGAGUGUAUGGAUGUUGUUUUAAAAAAAAAUGUUUAAUCGUUUUUUUUUUGUGGAAUUUUUUUUGAGUGUAUUAUUAAAUAAAACGUAUGUAGUGUAGUGUAGUUGGAGUAUCUAAGGGAAUAAGCCAAAAUAGUUUUUAAAAGCCAAGUUAAAAAAGUAAUACCAAAAAAGAAACAGAAAAAGAAAAUGGCGGGAAAGUCAAAAGUUUUUAGGCAGGCAGGUAUUUACUUAUAGCAUUUAAAUUCUAAAAAAAAAUGGUAAAUUAUUACCUAAUCAUAUAAAAAAUAAAAUCAAAUGCAAUUAAACACGAAAGACGUAUGAAAUACAGAGAGAGAAAAAUAGAAGUGGGUUCCAGUGGCACUUUUUCUUACUUUAAACAAAAAAAAAACAGAAACAAGAGAAAAAAUUAUUGAUAUUAACGAGAAUGUAAGACGAAUUUUAGAGAAAUCAGUUUUUACAUAAAAUUAAGUCGACCGAUGAUGGAAGAGGACAUAAUUCUGGUUUUCCCCUUUUUAACUGCCAUUUUCCCUCAUUCCCAAAAAAAAAAAUGAAAGAAAAAAACAUCCUGUUGACACAUUUCAAUGCAUAUUAUAUAAUGCAUCUAUACAUACAUAUAUAUAUAACAAAAAUAUGAGUAUAUAUAUGCCUAUACAUACGUAUAGUAUAUAUGUAUUUUAUAAAUAAAGAAAAAAAUACAUGAUUAUGGAAAUAACAAUAUAAGUCUGUAAAUUUGUUAACAUUUCUAAAAGCAAACAAAAAAUAAAAACAAAUAAAAAGUAUAUAUAUAUAUAUAUAUAUAAAAAAUAUAAAAGUUUGGAGGGAGGGGAGCAGAAGGGGGGCGCCCACCUGUGCCGCCCUGUGUGCACAGCAAAAAAAUAAAUUAAAAUUAACA